AUGGAACGCCCGAUCAACGUGAAGCCGACCAACUACUCGGUCGUUGACAACGAGUUCGGCAACAUGCGCGACAGGUUCGAGGCGGAGAUGAGGAGGGUGGAGGACGAGAUGCGUCGCUUGAGACAGGAGUUCGAGGGCCAAAGCAAGGGAGCUCCACAGGGUGCGAUCUCCAACUCUGCUCACAACUUUUCCAACUCGUCGUCGCGUCAGGAGAAUCGUUCGUACUCGAGCCAGGGGCACCGGGAUGACCGUCAUUUUGGAGGUGGACACGACUUGAUGGCCGUCAGGCCGACCUAUGACCCAUACCUCGACAACCUGAAGAGCCCCCUCAUCCGCGAUGAAAGUGAUGGCAAGACGCUGCGACUGAGAUUCGACGUUGCUCAGUACAAACCGGAAGAGGUGACGGUAAAGACGAUCGACAACCGUCUCCUCGUCCACGCCAAGCAUGAGGAGAAGACCCCGCAGCGCACCGUCUUCCGCGAGUACAACCAGGAAUUCCUGCUCCCGCGCGGCACUAACCCCGAAUUGAUCAGCUCCACUCUUUCGACGGACGGUGUACUGACCGUUGAGGCCCCGCUUCCGCAGCUCGCCAUUCAACAA